ACUCCAAUAAUACAUAUUUACUAUCCACCUCAGGAUGACUUAUGACUUACGACUUACCUAUGUACCUAGGUAGCUUACUUUAAACAUCUAAUAACAACAUCAUAAUCAUGGUUGAACCUCGACCCGCCGUUAUCAUUUCUAAUGAUGAAACUACCGAGUCUAAAGACUCGCCACCUAAGCUAACUUCUUCUGCGGCCUCUACGAAGUUAGAGGCAUCCAACAAAGCACACAAGCGCAAACUUAUCCCAGAUGUUUUAGAUAGUAAGGUUGAAUGGAGCGGCGACUCGGAUGACGCCUGUGAGAAACCUAAGAAGCGGAAGAAAGAGAGUCGAAAGACGUCGUCUACAAAAGGUAAGAACAAAGCCGCUACGAGGGGUCGUCCGCGUAAAUCAGUUAGAUCAGAGAAGGUCGCUUCACUGCAGAACGACGACAGUAUCUCGUCUUCGGACUCGGAUGAUGCCAAGAACUCAAUACCCCAGUACAUACGAGAUCGUCGGAAACAGUUUGAUCGGACUCGUGAAACUCUACGUGAAGCUGGGCUACGUCUGCCCCCAGACUAUUCAGAUGUCUACUUUUCCGAUGACGAAAGGUUGGCCGAUCUGGACGAGAAACCGCAGUUCGACGAAAAGAGCGGUAUAAAACCAUGUCGGCCCUAUAAAGAUGUCGUCCUCGAACAUUCGGCGGGGGUUAUCCCAGCUUCUAUUGCGCAGUAUCUUCGAGACUACCAAGUUGAAGGAGUCAAGUUCCUCCACUACCUCUUUGUCUACCAAAAGGGCGGGAUCUUAGGUGAUGAUAUGGGUUUGGGGAAAACUGUGCAGGUCGCUGCUUUUCUUACCGCUAUGUUUGGUAAGACUGGUGACCGUCGCGAUGCGAAAAGGAUGAGGAAGUUCCGACGAGCGAAAAACGAUUGGUACCCCCGUGCUUUGAUAAUAUGCCCUGGAUCGUUGAUUCAAAAUUGGAAGAACGAAUUAGACAGGUGGGGAUGGUGGGAAGUUGAUCUAUAUCAUGGGGCAGGUAGAGAUGACGUCCUAGGUGCUGCUAGAGCGGGAAGGUUGGAAAUCAUGGUUACUACCUAUACUACAUACAAGAACAGCCGCGAUGAGGUCAACAGGGUACCUUGGGAUGUUGUUGUGGCUGACGAAUGCCACUCGAUAAAAGACAUUGCUGCCGGGAUAACGCAGGCGAUGAACCAGGUCAACGCUCUUUGUAGGAUUGGUCUGACAGGGACAGCGAUUCAGAACAAGUACGAAGAACUUUGGACGCUUCUGAAUUGGACAAAUCCAGGGCAGUUUGGGACUCUAGGAGAAUGGAGGAAUACGAUUUCUAAACCACUGACUGUUGGCCAAUCUCACGACGCCACUUUACAUCAACUAAGCGAAGCUCGGAAAACGGCCAAGAAGCUUCGCUUCAACCUUCUUCCUCGCUUUUUUCUUCGCCGAAUGAAGAGCUUGAUCGCCCACCAGCUACCCAAAAAGAGCGACAGAGUUGUGUUUUGUCCGCUUUCUAGUCUACAGCGCGAGGCCUACGAAAGCUUACUCGACAGUGAGAUUGUCAGCUUUGUACGAUCUGCUUUUGACAUGUGCCCAUGUGGUUCAGGGGACAAACGAGGAUGGUGCUGCUUCAAAACCACUCCCGACGGGGAGUCCUGGAAAUCGCUUAUUUUCCCCAUCAUGAUAUCGUUGCAGAAGUUAUCUAAUCACUUCAGUCUUCUCAUUCCGCAGACUUCAGAUGUUAUGGACAAGCACAGGCGAGAACUCCGUUUUCUCCGAGCCGCUGCACCUGAAACCUGGAAGGGACAUUAUACUAGUCGAGACUCGUUACUAAACUUGUCCAAUCCCGAGUAUUGUGGGAAGUGGAAGGUACUCAGGAAACUCCUGAAGCUUUGGCAUACUAGCGGUGAUAAAGUGCUAGUCUUCUCUCAUAGUGUUCGGCUACUGAAAAUCCUGCAGAACUUGUUCAAUAACACGAGUUACAGCCUAAGCUAUUUAGAUGGGUCUCUAAGCUACGAAGAACGCCAGCAAGUUGUCGACGACUUCAAUUCCGACCCCAACCAAUUCGUGUUUCUAAUUUCCACCAAAGCUGGUGGCGUUGGACUCAAUAUUACAUCGGCCAACAAAGUCGUUAUAAUGGAUCCGCAUUGGAAUCCUUCCUAUGAUCUCCAGGCGCAAGAUCGAGCUUAUCGUAUAGGCCAAGUUCGUGAUGUGGAAGUUUACCGCCUUAUCUCUACAGGUACCAUCGAAGAAAUCACAUACGCAAGGCAGAUCUACAAGCAGCAGCAGGCUAAUAUUGGAUACAAUGCUUCCAAUGAGCGGCGCUAUUUCAAAGGAGUUCAACAAGAUACCGAACGAAAGGGAGAGAUCUUCGGUAUCCGUAAUAUUUUAACAUAUCACGGUGACCAAGUCAUUCUCCGCGACAUUGUCAAUAAGACAAACAUUGCGGAAGCCAAAGCAGGCGUCAAGUUGAUAGAUAUCGACAUGGAGAAGGCGGCCAAAGACGCUGAAAACCAGCUCGUCAAGAAGGAGGAAAACGCCGAUGAUGAUGAAACUGGGGGUCUCAAGCAGCUAUCUACCCUCUUUACAAAGGAUGACAACAAAGAUGGUGUCUUGAAAUCAGCUGCGACACAUAAGCCGAAACAUUUUGAUCCUAUUCAAGCAAUCCUCGCCUCCGAGGGAGUUGAAUAUACUCACGAAAACUCCGAAGUUGUCGGCUCGUCUAAGGUUGAAGACGAGCUGUCUCGACAGGCAGAGCUGGCUGCUAGCCAGGAUCCUGACUGCACCCUCUUCUUCGAUAGCCAGAGCUUUUCAGCCGCUCAGCAAUCGUUCGAGUACGAGUACAACCCCCCGGUAGACGUCAGGCAACGCCAAUUCUUCACAAUGGCAAAGACGUUCGGAUUUUCCGGCGUGACGGAAUUCGCGUUGGCAGUCGAGAGCAUGACGCAGGAGGAACGGCGGAAUUGCUUGGACCUAUUCUAUAGGAAAAGGGUCGAGAAGCUCAAGGAGCUGGGUGAAAUCGUCGAGACAGAUGUCAGGCCGAAGCACGAGCCGACAAGAGAGAUGAAAGAUGAUGCGGAAAUGGCCGAUGUGAAGACAAAGACCGAAGAAACUAAAUCUGAGCUGGAAGAUAUUAAGGACGUUAAACCCGAAGAGGACGUUAAGAGGGAAGAAAUUAAGCUAAGAUGGCCAGCUAUAAAGCGGGACGUAGAACAAGCCACUCCUCUUACUGCGGACGUAAAAAGGAUUAAGGAAGAGGCAUUGCCUACGGCGAAUAAGAGGGCGUCUAUGACCAUCUGGAUCUCGGAUGAUGAUGAGACGGACGAGUUAUGAGGUUUUAGUGUUUGAUACCUACGCUGGGGAUUUCUGGAUAGGGUCUAGGUAUAACAGGGUUUCCUUUUUUCAUGUGCUUCUCAGUCUUAGAAUGUGGCCUCUUGGCUACGGUCCUCAGUGGACGUUUAUACCCCAAAGUCAGGAAAGGAGUAUAUUGUUUUGAUUAAUCGAGUGAUUCCGUCGAAGAUGAAGGUGCCGACGUGAUUCACCAUCUAGACUACCACCACUCUUACGAUUAUUUUCGAGAAGUACAAGUUGUCUUAGACAAGUCACGACUGACAUGUUACCAGGCCCAGCCCCUUUUGAAUUUUAUACUCGUCUGAUAACUUGAGAUAGGUAUAAGCUUAGGUACCUAAGUAGCUUCGCAUGCAUCUGAAAACUUCAAAGCCUUAGUGUUUUCUUAAUCUCGCGCGGUUUCAUUUUUAAGGGAACGGAACGAGUUAGUUUAUCAGUUUAUCCCACG